CUCUAAUGGCUGAAAUUGAUUGCUGAAAUGCAAAACUUGUUGCUGUUUCUCCAGCUCUGGGUGAGAGAGGGAGCGGAAGAGAGGGGAGCGGAGACCCUGCAGCGCCCCGAGCCGGGCACCCCGCACCGCCUGCGGCCGACGGGACCCUGCAGCGCCCCGAGCCCGGCCCGACGGGACCCGCCAGGAGAGCCUGGGUCCGGCAGACCCUCGGAGCCCCAGCGCAGCAAGGCGCGGAGAGCGGAGCCCGUGCGCCCGGCACGCAGAGCCCGCCGGACCCGCUGGGCUGCCCGAGGCUGAGCCGCGCUGCCAGCGCCUCUGCAGCCCGGCGAUGCGGAGCGGAGCUCCCGGGGACUGGAGCCGAUGAGCUGCGGAGCCGAGCCCCGCCGGAGGUCGGGGAGAGCCGGCCGCCCCACCAGGUGUGAGAGAGCGGGGCGCCCCCAGGCGUAAGUGCCGCGGCCGCUCGGAGAGCCCCGGGCUGCGUGGGGCGGAGGCCGGAGGCUCGGACCCGGGCGGACAGAUUUCAUUUCCUUGAACUUUGUUUGGCAGCCGGGGCGGCCGCUGCCUGUUUCUCCGCGCCCGCCCCGCCCGCCCGCAUCCCCGCUAAGCGCCCCCACGCCCUGGCCACCUGCCCCGCAAGAUGUGAGCGCGGGGGCAGCUCCCUGGGGACCCGGCUCGCCCCGCCACUGCCUGCUGCAGGGACACGGCCCGUCGGCUCCGCGUUGGGCGCUCUCGCUCGCUGCGGUUCCGAGCGCGCUCCUGGGGGAGCCGGUCCGAGUCGCGCACCGGGGCGCGCGGGGUGCCAUGCCCUACUGAGCCCCAGAAGUAUGUUUGGGCUGGAGCAGUUUGAGCCUCAGAUCAGCAGCAGAAACGCCGGACAAGGAGAGAGAAACUUUAGCCAGGCCGGACUGACCAUGAGCUCCCACUUCAAAUCGCCAGCUUUCCACUCGGGGGGCCCCGCGGAUCCGGCCAUCAGCGCCCUGGCCGAGCCUCCCAUCCUGGGCAUGAACAUGAACAUGGCUGGGGAAGCGUACGGCUUCCAUGCCCGGGGACACUCGGAGCUGCAUGCAGGGGGGAUGCAGGCUCAGCCGGUUCAUGGCUUUUUCGGCAACCAGCAGCCUCACCACGGCCAUCCCAACACCCACCACCCGCACCAGCAUCACCCGCACUUCAGCGGCAACUUUGGGUCCGAUCCCAGCGCCUCCUGCUUGCAUGGAGGGCGGCUGAUGAGCUACAACAACAUGGGCAGCCAGCAGGCGUUUGCGGAGGGCUAUGAACAUAUGGCUGAGAACCAAGGAGGCGAAGGCUUUGGACAGCAAAGGUCAGGUACCAUGCCCGAUUUCCAGCACCACAACUCCAGCGCCUCUAACCACGCCGUGCCAGCACCCUGCCUCCCCCUGGAUCAGUCUCCCAACCGGGCUGCCUCCUUCCAUGGGCUUCCAGCCUCCAGCUCCUCGGAUUCCCAUAGCCUGGAGCAGAGGCGGCUUCCCAACCAGGGCGGCGUCGAUUCUUUGGAAUACAAUUACCCCAGCGAUGGCCCUUCAGGACACUUUGAUUUGCCAGUGUUUUCCCCUUCCGAGUCAGACGGGCAGCUUCCUCACUAUGGGGCUGGCAGACAAGUUCCUGGGGGCGGCAGUUUCCCUGGCACAUCUGUUUUGCCCAGAGCACCAGGCAUAGUGGGGAUGUCCAAAGUUCACCCGCAGCAGCAGCAUGGUGUAUUCUUUGAAAGGUUUGGAGGUGCUCGUAAGAUGUCUGUGGGCAUGGAGCCUGGUGUUAACGCCAGACAUCCUUUAAUGCAACAGCAGCAACAGACAGGUUUACUGGCCAGACAAAACUCCUGUCCGCCAGCAAUUCCUAGGCAACAGCAAACAGAAGCCAAUACUCCCAACCCCAACUUGCAGGACAAUGGGCCAAUAAUGCAGAACCAGCAUGCACAGUUUGAAUACCCUAUUCACAGACUGGAGAAUAGGAAUAUGCAUCCAUAUACUGAUCCCGUGUUUAAUAUGCAGCACCCUGCUCCGCAACAGCAACCAAAUCAGAGACUGCAACAUUUCGAUGCCCCCUACAUGAACGUGGCCAAGAGGCCUAGGUUUGACUUCCCCAGUAACCCCGCGGUCGAUAGGUGCGCCUCCUGGAAUAACAAUCUGCACAGCGCGGGGCUGGAAAACCAUCUCUCGCCUUCCGCCUACCCCGGCCUCCCGGGCGAGUUCACGCCGCCCGGCCCGGAGAGCUUUGCCCCGGGCCCGCCGCUCCAGCACCCGGGCCCCGACCCACAGGCCCUGCAGCAGCGCCAGAACGCCGCCCUGAUGAUCAAGCAAAUGGCCUCCCGGACCCAGCAGCAGAGACUGCGGCCGCCCAGCCUGCAGCAGCUGGGGCACCACGGGGACGUCGGCCCGAGCGGCCUGGGGCACGCGGGCCCCGCGGGCGGCCUGCCGCAGCCCGGCUUCGAGCGCGACGGCGCGGGCCGGGGGCCCGCCUUCGAGCCGCAGACCCCGCACCUGGCCCCGGACAGCGGCUGGUUCCCCGGCCCGCCCCCGCCGGGAGAGCUGCUGCCGCGGCGCCUGGGCGGCCCCGCCGAGCCCGGCCCGCACGAGCUGGGCCUGCCGCAGCCCGGCUCGGGCCUGCUCUUCCGGCCGGCCGUGGGCGGGCUGGGGCUGGCGGGGGAAGGACACGGGCCGGCGCUGCACUCCCCGGGCGUCCACCCCCCCCCGGGCGGCUUCUUCGACAAGUUCCCGCCGGCCGAGGGCGCCGCCAGCCCGGGCCCGCCCGACAAGCCGCUGACCUCGCCCUCCUGGGCCCCGGGCGGCGAGCUGCUGCUGGCCGAGCCGCCCGACCUCAUGGCCUCGCUGGACAGCGGCAUCCAGAGCGCCAGCAAGUCGGACGGCGGCUCCCCGCGCGGGGACUUCCCCGACGAGCCCAGCCCCGCCUACGGCCACGAGGACGAGGUGUCGUCCAGCUCCGACAGCGGCCUGGCCAAGCCCACGCGCAGCCCGCUGCUGGGCGGCUCCCCCAAGCUGCCGCGGGCCGAGCACGGGCUGCUGGGCGGCCAGAAGCCGCUGGGCCUGGGCCUGGGCCUGGGCCUGCUGGGCGGCGCGGCCCCGGCCCCGGCCCCGGCCCCGGUCCCGGCCCCGGACAGCUACGGGCUGGGCGGCGGCGGCGGCGGGGGCGCCCACCCGGGCACCCCGGGGCUGGAGCCGGUGCGCACCCCCACCAGCACCUCGGCCCAGGACGAGAUCCACCCGCUGGAGAUCCUGCAAGCGCAGAUCCAGCUCCAGCGGCAGCAGUUCAGCAUCUCCGAAGACCAGCCGCUGGGCAUGAAGAGCAAAAAGGCCGAGUGCCCCAGCCAGAGCGGGGAGGGCGACUUGAACAGUUGUUGCUCGGAUAACGUCAAAGGGGCCAUGAGCACCAUAGACCUGGACUCUCUGAUGGCAGAGCACAACUCUACCUGGUACAUGCCUAGCGAGAAGUCCUUGAUGGAGGGACAAGAGGAGGACAAACCUAUGGCACCGUGGGAGAAGUCAAAGCCUCAGAACCCCAGCAAAGAAGCCCACGACCUUCCCCAGAACAAGACCUCAGCUGCGGCGCAGACUGGCAGCCAUUUGCAAUGCCUCUCAGUCCACUGCACGGAUGACAUGGGCGAGUCGAAGGGCCGGACUGCGGUGCCGACAUGGAGAUCCCUGCACUCAGACAUCUCUAACAGAUUUGGGACUUUUGUGGCUGCCCUGACUUGAACAAAAGGAAAUUAUUUUUUUCUCUUUUUAAUUUUAAAGGGCCGCUACUGCUAGGUGGACUAUUUUUCUAGGUUGGUACCUGCUUAGUGGCAUAUGGACUGGAAAGGGUUAAUUUAAAGUAAACCUCAAUUUUUUUAAUCUUCUGCCACAGUAUGUUACCAGUGUUAACCCUUCUGCAGUUAGCACACUUUUGCUUAAAAUUUUCCUGCUAGAUCAUUUCCCCCAUUAUUCUGUAAUCUUGGCAUACAUUUAUAGAUGAGGCCUUUUCCUUUUUCAUCUCAACGUAUGUCCAAGUAGUGUGUGUCAUAAGACAGAUACUUCUCCUUUCGUUUUUUCUUUUCUUUUUUUUUGCCCCCUUUUUUUUCCCGCUUUGUUCAGUGCUUAUUAAAAUGGAAAUCCUGGAGAAUAGCAGUUCAGGAAUAAAUGCCGGUUGAAGUGAAAUUGUCAUCAUAUUCUAUAUUGACACCAAGCUUUCGUCAGUCACAUACAAACCAAACAAUUAAUGCUCUAUUAAGUA